UAAUUUGUAUGGUUUGCAUGGUUGAUUGCUCAUGAAUGCGGAAGACAAAACUUUCAACAAGUGUAGAUACUAGAUCUGCUCUUGUUGCUGCUCUUUGAGUCUGAAGAGAUUCUUAAAUAUACAAGACAUGUCUUACGGAGCGGCGACUGGUGACGAGGGACAGUUGAGCCAAUUAAAGGGACAAGUAGAUCAGGUUAAAAAUGUAAUGAGACACAAUAUUCAAAAGGUGAACGAGAGAGAACAAAAACUAGAUGACUUGGAUGCCACAGCAGCGCAUUUGAGUGAGGAUGCUGACCUGUUUCAGAAACGAGCUACUCAAAUGAGAAGGAAGUUUUGGUGGCAGAAUUUUAAGUUGUGGAUGAUUCUAAUAUGUAUACUGGUCGUCAUUAUUCUAGUCAUUGCUGGGAUAGUUGGUGGAGUGGCUUAUUAUUUCAUUCAAAAGAAGUGAAACAUGUUCGUCAUGAUUAUACUUAAACUCUUUAUUUUUUUUAACCUUCUCUGUCACAAUCAUUAUUACAAUUUUUACUGUCAUUAUUAUUAUUAUCAUUCAUUAUUAUUAUUACAUGAAAUUAUAGUCUUACCAAGUAGAUCUAAAA